AUGGAUUCGCCCUGCGUUGCGUUGGUGUCCACAUGGGCUGCCUCAGGCCUCGCCGUCAGAUGUCAAGAGUUCAAGGCCCGCAUCAGAGCUGGUCGGACUCGCUUGGGGCCUCCCUGCCACUCGUUCCAUGGAGAGCUGGCUCCACGCUGUUGUUCUUUGAGCAACACCAGCUGCCUCGCAGGUCGACAGCCAGUUGACAAGCCGGAGGCCUGCGUGCCGUUUUCCGCAUUCUCAAAGAAGUUCGUUCGGCUACAGGCUUCACGGAGAGGGGUCGUCGAUCCAGUCCUGAUGGCCGCCAAUUCCGAAGGUACAUGCCUGGCAGUGGUGGGCGAUGUCCAUGGCUUUUGGAAUGAUGCGGAUGAAUUGGCAGUGAAGUUUCUAAUGGAACAUUCUGGUGUGGACCUCACCCUCUUCAUUGGUGACAUUGGCAACAAUGCGAAUAUCGCUCUGGUGUCCAAGAUUGCCAAGCUGAUUUUCCCCAAGGCAGUCGUGCUGGGAAACCAUGACGCCUGGCCUCCUAAGAGUGUACCAAUCUUCAGCAGAGAGCAAAACUCUCAAAAUCACAUAGUGCCUCAGUUGCGUGUGCUUGGAGAAGCACAUGUUGGAUUUUCGUCAAUGAGAGUUGCCAACAAGCCUGUCACAGUAGUGGGAGCAAGGCCAUUUACAGAGGGGGGGGUGCACGUCUACAACAUGUCGCAAUUCUACAACGAAUUGUACGGCAUGGAAACAGUGGAUGAAUACACCAAAAAGGUGUCCGACCUGAUGAUUUCAGCUCCUCCUGAUGAUGCAAUUGUCGUGAUGGGCCACAACGGGCCAUCUGGCCUAGGGUCUAGGAGGUGGGACAUUUGCGGCAUCGAUUGGAAACAAGAAGAGGGCGAUCACGGAGACCCUGAUCUGAGAGCGGCGAUCGAUCGGAGUGCACAGCAGGGCCGGCGACCGGCCCUGGUCACAUUUGGCCACAUGCACGAAAAGCUCAGCCGCAGGGUCGGCCGGUCCGAGAAAAGGCGUCGUGUCGUCGUGGAGGGCCCCCACCAAGAGACCGUCCACCUCAACGCGGCCGUGGUGCCCAGGAUCAGGCCACUUGGCGGCAGCGGCCAUCCGGCCCACCACUUCUGCGUCGUCAGAAUCGAACGCGGCCGUGUGGUUACUGCGGAAGACGUGUGGGUGGAAAUCGCGCAGGAGCGGCGGCCGCCCUGCAGAGUCGUCCACACGCAAAGGUUGUGCCAGUGGAUGGAGGGGCCUUGCGACGGGGAGGGCAGUGGGGAAGAAGGGCAGGGGCACUACGCGGUGUAUGACACGCAUGGGGGGGGCUGGACGGACGUGGAGGAAGAGGUUGGACGGAAGGUGACGAAGGCCGCGUAG